AUGCUGCUCUGCACUACCGCAUUGAUUCGUUCAAUUGCUUCCGGAUUGUUGAACCCUUCUGGUGAAGAGCUAGUGCGUUUCGCGAAGGGCACCUUCGAAGGUUUCACUGGCGAGGUAACCAUUAACGGUCAUUUCACCCGAGAUCCCGUGUUUUUGGUUUAUGGGCUGGACGCUGAUGAUCAACAAAUUGUUCUCAUGAGAAACAACGAGAACAUGGAAAAUAUGAGCACCUCAUUUGAGUGCCUGUCCGCCGUCAUUCGUCGAGAAGUACCUGGCCAUCACUCUCGUCGCAAACAUCGUACCAAUCGCUAUCGCUGUCGUGGCAGUCGCAUUAUUUCUAAGAUGUCCACAACUGUUUCUAUUUUUCCUUCUUUUAUCGAUAAGAUUAUUCGAUUUGAUAUCGUUUGCGAACUGAUUGAAAUUCAGUUCUCAAGUAUGGUACGCGAGGAAUCGGUUGUUGCGAAGGUACACACUGCGAGACCAGCACCGACUAAAGAUGACUGUGCGAAACUCACAAAGAAUGUUAUCGAUAAAGGCGCAAUGCAAAUAUGCAAAUGGAUUGGUUUUUUAAAUAUUCUCUCAUACGUGAUAUUUGUGAGGUUAAAACGCGGUGGUCGAUCGCCAAUCAGACCAGAGCUGAACACAGUGGAUGACCAAAAUUCGAGGAUGUUGGCGCUGGUGAAGGACUGCUGGAGUGAAGAGCCCGAUGAGCGACCGUCCUGUGACCAAAUUCAAGCUCGAAUGAGAGAACUCACUGAAGAGAAGAAAAAAGCCGACAUCCUUCUCUAUCGAAUGCUACCAAAACAAGUAGCGGAGAAGCUGAAGCUGGGUCAAUCAGUGGAGCCGGAGGUUUUUGAGUGUGCGACGCUGUUCUUCUCGGAUGUGGUGUCAUUCACAACUCUGGCCAGUAGUGCACACCUUUGCAGGCAGGUUGAAACGUUAAUUCGGAUUCGAACUAGGCAGCAGAAAACUGCCUAUCAUUACUAG